AUCAAGCACCUAGGCAUGCAGACUGCUUCUAAAAACAUUCGCAAAAGAAUUGGUCGCACUCAGGAGCUCUGUGAAUUCAAGUGUGGUACCGUGAUAGGUUGCCACCUGUGCAACAACUUCAUCCGUGAAAUGUCCUUGCUACUAAAUAUUCCACGGUCAACUGUUAUUGGUAUUAUAACAAAGUGGAAGCAACUGGGAACAACAGCAACUCAGCCACAAAGUGAUAGGCCACGUAAAAUGAAAGAGCGGGGUCAGCGCAUGCUGAAGAGCACAGCGCAAGUUGCUAACUUCAGGUUAUCACAACAGUGCGUAGAGAGUUUCGUGGAAUGGGUUUCCAUGGCUGAGCAGCUGCAUCCAAGCCUUACAUCACCAAGUGCAAUGCAAAGCGUCAGCUGCAGUGGUUUAAAGCACACCACCACUGGACUUAAGAGCAGUGGAGACGUGUUCUCUGGAGUGAGGAUUCACUUGCCAGGAGAACAGUACUUGCCUGACUGCAUUGUGCCAAGUAUAAAGUUU